AUGUCCAACAAGGCCUUCAGCAGCAUCCGCUCGGCCGCCAUCGAUGGCCGGGCAUGGAACCCAUUUUUCAAGAAGACGCAGCUCAAGAAGCUGCAUGAAGCGCUAGUUGCCCGCGCUACGAAUAUUAAAGCGGCCAUGGAGAAGGACACGGGAAACACGAGAUUCGAAAUCGCAACCGAAUACUGGCUGGCGUUGCGGUGUCUUGCCCAGGUCUACGACUCAAUUGACACGGACACGGAGCUCAAAUUGGAGUAUCGGAUUGCCAAUAGCAAAGAUGCAUCAGAUGCCCGAGACCCUGUGGGCAUUGUUGUGAUUGAACCUCUCGCGCAGACAUUCCUCUACUCGCUGCUGUCAGCACUGGCGCCGGCGAUCGGUGCUGGAAACUGUGUGAUUGUUCAGAUGGGGCGUUCCAUGCUGGCGACGCCCAACAUCGUCUUGCCCUUAGUCCAGGCUGCUCUCGUGGAAGGGACAUUCGAAGUUUCAUACACUACGGUGUCAGACAACGAUAUCAAUCACAGGCAUUGCCGGAUCAUGCAGAAUGGCCCAACAGCGACACCUCUAGCCCACCACAUCGUAUCAGAAAGCAAGAAUCGCAUCAUUGCCGUGGUGGAACGUGAUGCCGAUGUCGAUGAGGCAGCACGAUCCCUUGUCACGGCGCGCUUCUCCAUCAGAGGCAAGAGUGCGUAUGCGCCCGAUCUGGUGCUGGUCAAUGAAUGGAUUAGAAAGGAUUUCCUGGCGGCUUUGUCGAAACAGUCAAUCGCACUCGGCAAUUCUUACGUCUCGGAAACUCGCCCAGCGAAGGCAUCUCCGUCUUCGAACCUUGUACAAGAGGUGAUGAAGGGAGGCUCUGGGAGCGUCCACUCAACGUCUCAAUACGGUGCUAUAGUGGAGAUUGAGGAAAGGAGGUCUGAUCUGCUGGGGCGCAAGACGGACGAGCCGUGCCUCGUAGUCCACUCCGUCACAAGCAUGGACGACGCCAUCGACGUCGCGUCGGGCUUUGGGAGACUCUCGGCGGCCUAUGUCUUCACAGCGCCUGCGGCGGCCAAGUACAUCUGCCAGUUCCUCAACGCCAGCAUCUGCCUGGUCAACCAUAUCCCGCUCAAACUUCUUUAUGGCCCCAUAGCACCAGCUGAUCACUCAUUCAGCCCCGAUACUCUGACACCCUACAGCGAGCGCCAUUUUACCUUGGCCAAGGGACAGUUUAUCGAGCCUACGAAAGAUGGACAGCGACUUGCGCAGCUCUUUUUCGAGGCCUCGCCGAAAGGUUGCCAGACCUUGCAUGAGGAGGCUUCAGCCGCACUUAAAGAUAUGCACCGCGUGAAGAAGGGCGGCGACAUCGGGUUCUUCAACCAAGGUAUUGUCACGGGAGGCAUCAUUGUCCUGUCAACAGCCAUUUCCUGCGCAGGACUUCUGUGCUACUAUCUCGUCAAGGUAGCUAGGUCGACGCUAUAA